AUGCUAUUCAUGAGGGAGAGCGAAGGAGAGACACAGGGUCGUGGAAGAAGGGCGACGGGGAUCGAGACAGACAGAGUCGUACAUCUCGACGUCACGUAUAGAGAGAAGCGAACGCAGGCAGCGCCGGGCGUCGGAUGUGCUAGUCUCGCAAGCGCGACAACGCUGGCCAUCCUCGAACUCCCAGCCACCCCGUCGAGAUUGUCGAAACGUGCAAGCCAAAAGUGCCGCACGUUGCACAUGUGUAACGAGCAUACUUCAAGGCACACGGAACAGGCUUUCUCGCGUAUUGCUUCGAACGCCGGACAAUCUUGAGAUUAAAGCCCAGGACAAAUCAAAGACGGUUCUGUCACCUAAAAGAGCAUCGAGAAAGUCGGAAGAACGUUCGCCCUGA